CUUAUCUGGAUUGUUGGUGGGUUAAUUGCAUUUAUUCCCACGGUGGGCAUCGACUACUUUGGUAGUCGCCAAAAAGGUCACCACUUUUAUGGCAGAUCAGUUGUAUGUCUCCCAUUGCAGCUUUCUGCUGAUAAGCCCUCGGGCUGGGAGUACUCUGUUGCCAUGUUUGUUGGUUUAAACUUUACCCUUGUUUUCUUCGUCAUUGUGGCCUAUUCCAUGAUCAUCUACAAGUCCUGCACAUCAAACCGGCGCCUCGCUCAGCAAGGGACCGAAAGAGAGAGGAAAAUGAAAGCCAAGCGAAGGGCAGCCGAUCUGAGGAGGGAGGCCUCGCUCGCCAAAAGAGUGUUCUUCAUUGUUCUUACCGACUGUGUCUGCUGGCUGCCUAUCGUGGUAAUUGGAUUGAGGUCUCUCUUGGAAAAAUCCUUCGGUACACCUGGUGACCUUGCAGUUUGGAUCGCAGUCUUUGUUCUGCCGGUUAACUCUGCCAUCAAUCCCAUUCUCUACACUUUAUCAACAAAACAGGUACGACGUAUUGUGAGUCCUAAAUUCCAACAGUUCUUGGGCUAUUUGAUAGAAAAGUGCGGACGAAAUCAAAACAAUGAAGGUACGUUUAUCGAAAACCAUGUUUAUGGGAAAUGA